UUGCACAAUUCUUUCACAUUAAUGGAAUAUUUUAUAUGCUCACUUCGCAUCCUGCUACUGGCCUCAAAUCAUGUGUAUUCAUCAUCAUUGCGAUGGUAUACAAAUUAAAUGUUAAUGUAUACAAUAUUCCAACUUUUCUAUGUCACUCAAGCUGAUAUUGAGCAACAAGUGUGCAGAGCAGCAUUUAAUUAUGAAAAGCAAGACUUUACAUGGAGGAUUGGUGUCAAAUCAUUUGAUUGCAUUUCUCGAUGCGAUUUACUGCGUCGACAAUUUGGUGACGAAUUUUCAAGGAAACCAAAAUUCUUUAUGCGUGUGUUUACGUCAACCCUCCCAGUAAUUAAUUGUUUGAAGGAACAAAGACUGAUAACAUCGAUUUGCGAGUUGAAAAUGAGGGGCAUAGAAAUGAAGCAGUAUGCGGAUUUGCCGCUGGUUUAUUUUCCCGUCGUUGUGAAACUCAACAAGUUUAAAGCGGAGAAAUUUUGUCAACAAUAUGGCUUGAAGUUUGGAAUUGAAGAGUCUAUGCCAGAUUUGUUAACAACUGGAAUGGAAGAUGUAAAGAUUUGGACUAGUGAUAUUGAUUUCAAAUUUGCCUCUCGAAAUCAAUCUAAGGCAGUUGGAAUUAUUUGCAAAAUAUUUCAUAAGCAGCGAGGCUCUGCGAUUUUUAAAAAUGAGGAUUGCAAGAAUGAGAAUAAUUUUGUUUGUGUCCUUCCUGAUGGAUGUCAUGCAAACCAUUGCAGUUCAAAAUGCUCAAAUGGGCAGUGCGGAAGUGACAUCAAGAGUAUUGAAAAAUGCGAAUCCAACUGCCCGAAACCCGAAUGUGGUGAAGAGUCGCAAUCAAAGUUUGGAUACAAGGCUAUAGAUGGAGAUUUACUAGAAAUAUGUGGAAGACAAUACUUAUUUUCAAAAGCAUUUACUUAUUCACAAAAAGGCGCUAGUGUUUUUUGCUGCACAAAACAUAUGAGUUUGGCAAGUGUCUCUGGUGAUCUUGAAUCAAAGUGCUUAGCCCGAGAAAUGAUAAAGAGAAAUUAUACUGACAACUCAUUCUGGACCGGCGGCAGACUGGGAUCCUGCCCUAACACUUAUUUCUGGUGUCCGUUGGACGGUACACCAGAAGUCGUAGACCAAGAGGCUCUGCAGUGGCAACCCAGUAGUGACCCAAACAAGCAGGCUAUCACAUUGAAGGCUGUUACUAAAGCUAACAUGGUGCAACUUGAAUUUGAAGAUAAGGACGCCCGAAGAAGGGUUCUUUGUGUGAGAGAAAUACCUUCAAAAUGCACCGAAUCUAUUUGUAAUCCUGUUGGAGCGACACAGGAAAUCAAUGACAAUAAAAAGUUUAGAGCUACUGCCUUCUAUAGAAGAGGCUGCAUUUAUGGAUUUGCCUGCAAAAAGAUAUAUGAUUUUGCAUUAACUGAUAGCAAAUUCAAUUACUAUCAAGCGGCAAAGUGGAGUAUAGCUAAUCUGGAGUAUAAGUUACGCCUUGUUACUUUCGAGACAAAGGAAAAAGUGGAAUGUUUAUUGGAGGCAUUAAAAGCAUCUGGAAUAUCCAGCAGCACAUUUUAUGUGGCGGCUAAUUCAUUUGGAUGUCCAAAGUCUAUCAGAUGGUGCAACUCAGCAGACAACCCAAUCAUGGACGAUUCGUUCAUCCAGUGGGAAGCUGGCGAGCCAUCUAUGGAUCCGAACAAAGAUUGCGUAUACGCCAAGUAUAAUGCUGGCAAGAAUGAAUUAACAUUUGGGAAAACCGCCUGUAAUGCAACACUUUAUUUCAUUAACGAGUCAGAUGCAAUAUACGAAAAUAACAUAUUGUUGAGUAAUUCUACAAAGACAUAAUACUUUUUAAAUAUAAUAUAAGAAAAACGUGUAUAAAAAUCUUGGCGGUCUCUUGUUCAUAUUAUAAACUAGUGCAGAUGCCAAUUUUAAUUAACCUCACAUGUAUUUUUUGCUCUAUUUCCAAGAAAGCUAGACAAUAUUUUCCUAAUUAUCAGAUUACAAGAAGUUUCUAAUUGGUCUAAAAUUUUCACCAUAAUUUACU